GACACGCGCUUCGUGAAGGUCGUCGUGCCAAACUCUUCAGCGGGCCGCCUGCCGGUCGUAUUUUUGUAUUUUAUGUGGAGGAAGAAUAUCGUCCCCUUUUUUUCUCUCUGAAAAUUAGGUACAAUUUAUUUAACAUAAUAUCUUUGGAUUUCUCUGCAAUGGAUGAAGAUAUCAGCUGCUUCUCAGACUUGUUUGACAUCUCUGACGAAGAAAUUGGAGCUCCGAUAAUAUUUCAUGAAUUUGGGCUCCAUCAAAAUUUGGAUACCGCAGACCAACUCAUCUUCGAUAUUUUCGAACCACAGGACUUCCCUCUUCUCCAGCCCACCUCCAUCUUCGACCUCUCUGACUCCAACAAGUCUAAUGAAUUCUGCCCCUGUCCUGAAAACAGCGAUUUCUGUUCUGGUGAUUCUCAUGAAUUCAUCCGCGAAAACCGCAACUUUAGCUCAGACGGUUCUCAUGAAUUCAGCCAAGAGAGCGGCAAUUUUGAUUCGAAAGACUCGCAUGAAUUCAGCGGUGAAAACUGCGGAAAUAUGCAGGCUGAAUCCACAGAAAAACACAGGAAAAAACCGGUCACCAACUUUUAUUUGAAGCCAUUCAUCCGGCGAAGAACACGAAGCAAGAGGAGAAGGCGGGCGGGGCCUGCUCUUAGUAAGUUGUGGCGUGGGGUAAGAGGCAGCGGCGAGGUCCGCAGGUGCGUACACUGCUUGACGCAGCGGACCCCGCAGUGGCGGGCCGGCCCGCUUGGGCCGAAGACACUGUGUAAUGCCUGUGGGGUGAGGUAUAAUUCCGGAAGGCUAUUUCCGGAAUAUCGACCGGCGGAUAGCCCGACUUUUAUUAGAGAGAUUCACUCUAAUAGUCACAGGAAGAUUGUGGAGAUGAGGAAGAAGAGGUUUCAAGUUUCAGUUCAAUUAGAGGAGAGGAGCUCAAGUUCUUGAUCAUUCUUGGGACAUUUUUUUUUGUGAUUGGGGAAUCAUUUGGGGAUGAUAUUUUUGAAAGUGGAUUGCUUUUGAUUCACUCAAAGGGUAGAAGUUUAGCAAGGCCUAGGGUAGGUUAGAGUUUAUAUUCAUUCAAUUCGUAUAAUAUUGGGUUUAGGUUGAGAUUAUGAGGAGCAUGCUUGGGGUUUAAAUGGGACUUAACUACCUAGUAAUGGUUUGCUAAUGACACUAAAGUAGGAGUGAUUCUAUUCUCUAAAUUUUAUUUUUGAUUUUGAUGGGUGGAAGGGGCUUUGUGAUGGGGGGUUUUGGUAUUUGUCCACUAGAUAGGAAUUUUUGAAAAUAAACCCUCGACACUAGGACUAACAAAAUAGAAUUUUUGAACCACGGUUUUUAUAUGGGAUUACAUACAAAGAGACUAUUUAUCUUUUGUAGGCGACAAUCAUUCCCACCUAUUAGAUGUCAAAUUGGAUGGCUUGGGGUGAAUAAUAAAGUGUGA